GGGUUUUACCUUCUUUUCAAAUGUGUCCUUGAAUUAUUAAUACAAACAGUUUGAUCACAACAUGUGAAUUAUUACUUUGUUUAUCAUUCACAGUCUAAAGCUGUCUGUCUAGUAAUUAGACCCACCUACCUUAGGUGUGGCAUGUGGCUAUAUUAACUCCAACCACCUUUCAGGUUACAGUACAUACUGUUGUUACUAGUCACAAAUACUGAAGACGUGACAGAAGACUUCAGAGAUCUCUGCAUCAUAUAGAAAAAGGUACAGGAAACUGAAAGUGAUGGCAAAUGGACCAGCCCUGUCCACUGCUAGAAGGGGUGAAAUUUAUGUGGGAAGCGAAAUCAGAGACUCCCUCUCACUGUUGGAUGUUCUCCAUGCAAAUCAGUUCGAAGGAGAGUCUUUUGAUCCAAAACUUCUUGAGCAGACAGAGGAAAACUUUUACAGAGGGGCCCCACCCAAAUGGUUAAACUUUCACAUUAGUGAACAGUCACAUGGCACUGGAAGUCCUUUUAUUAAACGGGAUGGAUACGAUGCACUUGUGCAACAAAUUCGCCAAAGAAGAAAAACACACCCUGGAAUAUCAACUGUUAAACUGUUCCACCAGCCAGGAUGUGGGGGAACCACACUGGCCAUGCAGGUGUUGUGGGACUUGAGGAAAACCUUCAGGUGUGCUGUUUUAACAGGCUCUACCUCAGACAUCACAAACAUUGCAGAGCAGGUGGUCCACCUUUUCACAGCAGGCAGUCAAGGCAACCAGAACACUGUGCUGCUGCUACUGAAUGAUGAGCAGAAUUUGGAAAAUCUGCAAGUCAGCAUUAUGAUGAAGAUUGCUGAGCAGAAGAUAGUCACCCAUAUGCCUGUGGCGAUUUUCCUCAGCUGUGUUAGAAAGGAUGCAGUUCCACAGAGUGACCACUAUGUCGUCCUACAGGAAGUGCUUUCAGACACAGAGAAGAAAAAAUUUAAUGAGAAAAAGGAGGAGCUCAGCAGAAGAUACAGUGAUAAAUGCAAACUAUUCCAUGGCUUUAACAUAAUGCAAAGCAAUUUCUCUCAAGCUUACAUCCAGGAGGCAUGCGCUGUAUUCAAAACCAUCAAGAAAGCAAAUAGACCACUGAAGACCCAGCUUGCUGCCCUCCUGUCCCUGCUGAAUGCCUACGUACCAGGCUCAUAUCUCCUGGAGUCUCAGUGCCUGGACUUCUUAAAACAUGAAGACUCCAUCCAUGGAGACCUUUCACUGGAGGACAGAAUGAAGCCCUUUAGUGAUCUCAUCAUCACCUUCCAACAAGACACAAGAUCUGAAAAAAAAGUCAGCAUGGCUCACCCUAUGAUAGCACAGCGUUGUACUGAAUUGAUGGCUGAGGCCGGUGUGACCAGAAGUGACACAGCAAGAAACUUCUUGACCUUUUUAUGCAGAGAUGAGGUUCCUCCAUCUUUGCUGGGUUUUGCCAAAGACAUGUUAACCAAAAGAGAAAUGAAAAAAGAAAAGAACCCAAUCAAUAACACGGAGAUUACAGUGGACAAAGAAAAGUUUUCUAGACUGAUUCUAGAUAUUCAAAAGAUAGAAAAGAACCCAGUCGAGAGUGCAUCAGUUUUAAAGAUAGCAACAAAAAUAUUUGAUCAAAAUCCAUUUUUUCCACAAGCACUUGCUCGUUUUUAUUACAUAGAACUAAAAGACUACAACAAUGCAGAAAUGUGGGCAAAGACAGCAAAGGAAAGAGAUCCCCAAAAUUCAUUCAUUGCUGAUACACUGGGCCAAGUCCAUAAGAACCAUUUGAAGAACAUUGAAGAGCGUUCUGCCAAACCAAGAAAAAUUUGGAAACUGGCCAGAAAAGCCAUUGAAGCUUUCAAACAUGAAGAACAACUUGCUGAAAAAGAACAUGGGACAGACAUGAAAGAAGAUGGCAAGGCCAAAAUCGCAUAUGUUUUUAACAUCAGAGGGCAGAUUGGUUACCUGCAGGUUUGCAACCUUGUGUUUGACCUACUUGGAGACAACAAACUCUCUAAUGGUCUAAUAAACAGAGAUGAGGUUGAGAAGAAAUGUGCAUUCCUUAAUAAAUAUCUGACUUACUCAAAACCUGACAUGAAGAAAGAAAAUCCCUCACACAUUUUUGAAGACAUCACAGAAUGCUACACGAUGUAUGUCGGAGACUCCCCAACAAAACAUUUCAAACAAAAAGGUGGUGAUUUCAUCCAGAAGCUUAUACAAAUCCUGGAUGACCCCUUUGCUGUAGUACUCUCAUGUCUUGACACUGAAUCACAGCAUAACGAAAUAACUACGUGGUGGAGAGACAUCUUUCUACGUUCCUCUUGCGAGAAAAUGCUCCUGAGCCCCAAAGAUGCACCUGAGCUCCACCUGGUGACCCUCCUCCUGUGCUGGCCUACAGACAGUGAAGACAAAUGUGUCUUUGACCUUAGUCAAUUAAUUCAGUAUAUGCGCUGCUCUUAUGACAAUGCAUACAAGACAUACUUUCAAUCAAUGUACCUCCGUCCUCUGUUUUUCAUUGGAAAAGGUCACGAUCUGAACAGAAUUGUUCACAGAAAAGUCUUUGAGGGAUUGAUUUCUAAGCAAAAUAAGGAAGCAAUACAAGAUUGGAGCAAUGAGAAGAUUUUCCAAGAUCCCAUUGUUCAAGCACACCUUCUCAAAGUUGAUGGGGUGGUACGAAACUACAGAGUCUAUGCAACUAUUGGUGGCAAAGAGAUUGAGUUGGAUGCAAACCUGCGAAACAGCCUCUGGACACCACGCCAAGUUUCCUUUUGCCUUGGAUUUACCAUCAAAGGUCCUGUAGCCUUUGGCAUCCAGACAAAAACUGCAGAAAAGGUAGAGGUCUCAGAGGUGGAUAUCUCAAAACCUGGGCAAAUAAAACCAGAACUUUUUGCCUGGCCAGAUACCACUAGAGCCUCAGGUCAGCAUUUCAUGGAUCGCCAUCAGACAGCUCUGAUUAACAGAGUGAGCGACACAGGAGCCAUCCUUGAUAAGCUCAAGGAUAAGGGGUUAAUCUCAAAUGAGAAUUAUGAUGCUGUGAGAGCUUUAAAAACCACACAAGACCAGAUGAGUGGCAUUCUUCAGUGUUUGACUUCAGCCGGCACAAGAGGCAAAGACGCUCUCUAUGAAAUCCUUAAAAGGAUGAAGAGUAUGAGGCCUCUCAUGAAUGAGCUUGAGGAAACUGAAUAAAGGAGCAAAACGUAAGAGUAAAAAUAAGUACUCUAGCUUUGACAUUUGACACUGAGAUGACAAAAACUAAAGUGCAUGUGAAAUUGGAAAGGAGAACAGGUUGUUAAGAGUUGGAGGUGGAGAGGAAGAUGCUGGACAAAAUGUUAUUCAGUAAAUAUUUAGCAUCCUUAAUGUAUGGGUCAAACAGCAAAGCACUUUUAGUAAUAGUAACUUAUUCAUUUCUACUGUGAAAAGGAAUGCUACAGGUCAUUUAUAUCAGCUGAUCGCACAUCAGACACCUCAGAUGAAAAGAGUGACUUCAUUAAAGAAAUGACGCUCCUAAAACUUUGGUCAUUUAAAUAGUAUGUCUUUUAGCAUUUUGUUUAUGGAUUUAUGAAACAUAUGAAAGUAUAAAACCCCUUAAGACUAACGAAACAUGUAUUCUCAGUGGAAAAGUCUUUUUUAAACAUUUUUUGUCAUAUCAGUCUUUUGAUGUUUGAUUCAUUUCUUCCAUGUAAAUAUUCAGUGUUUUACAUUAAGCAAGAUAGGUCAAGCAAAACCAAUGUAAUUGUAAAGGGCACACUUAGGUGCAUUUUUAAAGACACAGAUUAUGUUGUUUAAAUGUUGUUUGAAUUGAGUAGAUUUAUUUUCCUCAUCUUGCCAGAACCUGGACAAAGCUUCACUGAGGGUAUCAAAGAAUGUAAAUAUGUGAGGAAGAACAGAUAACUUUUCAUGUUUUGCUGCAAUGUGCUCGACUUAAGGCUUUGGAAAUGUUAGAUUUGUAUGAUUAAUGAAGAUACUGAAGGUUUGUUUUGUUUUAUUUGUAAAAUAAAAAAACCAACAGGGUCCCUUCAGCUAAAUGUUAAGACCAGAAUAAUGUGACAUGGAUUUAUCGAAGCACGUUGAGAGUUUUAAUAUAAAAGGGGGAAAUAUUUUAAUCCUGUUUAAUUGAUUUUUUUUCCCUAUAUUGCCUCUGUCCGUCAUGUUGUCUCUAUAUUGUCAAGACAAAAUAAGAUUAUUAAGAAAAAGAAUAAGAUUGUCUAUAUCUUUGUUAUUUUCAGUUUCUCAUGAGCUAAAAAAGAAAAAUAAUCGAUCAGUAAUUUCUGAUUGUAAAAUCUACAAACACAACAUUUUCUUAGAAGUGUAUUCUUAUGGAGGUCUCUUGUAAUUUUUUAUUUUUAUUUUAUAUUUACUUGAAAUAUUUCAAUACAUUUUAUUUCUGCAAUAAUAAAUCUACUCCAGUUAAAGACAAAAA